AUGUCGUCUUCAUCAGUUGCAAUUUCACCGGACCAGCUCUGUUACGUCCAUUGCAACUUCUGCGACACCGUUCUCGCUGUGAGUGUUCCAUGCAGUAGCUUGCUGAAGACUGUUACAGUUCGAUGCGGCCAUUGCACCAAUCUUUUGUCUGUCAACAUGCGUGGCUUGCUUCUUCCUGCCGCUAAUCAGCUUCACCUUGCCCAUUCUCAAUUUACCCCACAGAAUCUCCUUGAGGAGAUCCGAAGUAGUGCACCACCUAAGAUGCUGAUGAUCAAUCACCCUGACCCAAGGGGUUUAGCUAUUCCUAUACGAGCAGCAGUUGAAGAGAUGACCAAACCUCCGGUGGUCAACAGACCUCCGGACAAGAGACAGAGAGUACCGUCUGCCUACAAUCGCUUCAUCAAGGACGAAAUCCAACGUAUCAAAUCUGAGAAUCCUGAUAUAAGUCACAGAGACGCCUUUAGUGCUGCUGCCAAGAAUUGGGCCCACUUCCCACACAUACAUUUCGGUCUUAUGCAUGACCAAUCCAUGAGGAAAUCUAACGCACGCCAACAGGAUGGAGAGGAGGCGCGGGUGAAAGAUGGGUUCUUUAUACCUACCAACGUGGGCGUCUCUCUCUACAAAUAA